GCUGCCGAUCCUGCAAAGGCGGAAACAUGGUCAUGAUGGCUGGCAUGGACGAGCACGAGCGCAAAGUCGGCGUCGAGUUCUACCACCUGCUCGACAAGAGCAAGCAGCUGUUCAAUGGCCUGAAGGAACUGCCCGAGUACGGGCACAAGCAGUGGCACAGCUACUUCGGCCGCAUAUUCGACAUCUACACGAAGCUAUGGAAGUUCCAGCAGCAGCACCGGGCCAUCCUCGACAACAAGUACGGCUUAAAGCGCUGGCAGAUCGGCGAGAUUGCAAGUAAAAUCGGGCAACUGUACUAUCAGUACUACCAGAAGACGAGCGAGACGAGCUACCUCCACGAGGCGUAUUCUUUCUACGGGGCGAUACACACGAGAGCGUACUACAGUCGGGCCGCCAAGGAGGACAGGAGUGACUUGAUGGUGAAGAAGCUCAGGUACUACGCCCGUUUCAUCGUCGUCUGCCUGCUCCUCAACAAGAUGAACGUGGUGCGGGACUUGGUGCAAGACCUGGAGGCCCAGAUAGCGGACUAUAAUAGCGCGUACGAGCCGGACGACCACGUCGACUGGACCCACGUGCUCGACGAGCUCAAGGCCUUCGUCAAGGCGGACUCCGCGGUCGCGGUCCUGCGAGCUGACUCCAACGUCCCCGUCGUUCUGCCCCAUAGGCUUGGACCCCUCACCUCACCACCGGUCGAGCGUUCGACACCCAUGUGCCUCUCCCUCCAGGAGAUCCUCAUUGUCGGCAAUUGCGCCAAGCAGGUCAAGUUCAGCGAGAUGUCGAUAGACAUGUUCAGGAUGCUGCAGACCCUGGAGCGCGAGUGCCAGGACGACCCGAACCACCUGCACGACGGUUCAUCGGGAGACCGGAUGCCGUUCAGGCCGGGGCCUUACCCGUCCGAGAACGGGGCCUCCCGACGCGACAAUCCUCACAAGUACAUCCUCUUCAAUCCGACGUACAAUCAAGUGCAGAUCUUCCUCUCGAGCGGCUUCAACGAGCUCCCACCCAACGGUGUACUGCUACUCUACAUGUCGGCGGACGGCUGCUUCUCCACCGUCAAACGGCCCGAGGAAAUGGGCUACGACCUCGGGGGCGUCUCGACCUCCUCGAAACUCGAGCACGGCAAGCAGCGGCUCCAGGGCGAUAAGGAGCCGGAGUGUCUCUACCCGGGGGACCUCUACCCGUUUACGCGCAAGCCCUUCUUCGUGGUCGUCGACUCGGACAACAGCUUCGUGUUCCAGCAGAUACCGCGCUAUUUCGGCCAGCCACUGAUGGUUCUAAUGUCGCCCCAGGACACGCCCGCCGGCCUCAGGGAGCUGAGAAACGAGGGCGGCCUCUUCACCCUCUUUCUCCACUCGCCGUUAGCCGCCUUCUGCCUUAUAUGCAACGUGGCCAGCCUGCCGAUUCAGCACUGGGAGCGAUGCGAGCGCUACGUCGAGCAGUUCCUCAUCGAGGCCAGCCAACUUGUCCUCAGAUCACGAUGCGAACUGAGCGUCCUCCAGUUCUUCGGCGACGACUUCUUACGGCUCCUCCUGCUGCGCUACGUGUUCUGCGACGUGGUGCUCCAUCUACAUCGUUCGUUCCGCGGCCGACAGCAGAGGCCACGAUGUCACCCGCCGCUACCGGAGGCCGAGCUCCUGGAGCACCUCUCGCUCCACCACAUUGUCCUCGAUCUCGCCAACUGCCUUGACGUCCGCGACUACUUCCCGGACAGUAACGAGCUCGCCUGACCCCGGCGACUGCCGGCUUCGGUCGAGUUCGCAGAUCAGCACGGGGAACAGCAGCACCGUUUAACGCCAAAGCAAACGCACCAUUACGAUUCGUCAGGGCGUGUCUACGACUACGACUAUUGCGGGAGCUCCGGUCCCGGUACCGGCUACAACUGCAACAACAAGAUUGCAAAUCUCCGGCCCCACUGAGGCCCCGAUGUCACCCGCUCACCCCAUUCCCCUCGUUCUCGUUCGAAUGCCACUGCAAGUGUAAGCGGACGCUUCAUCGCUGCUUUCAUUAGUCUCUUUACGCGUACAUUGCGAUCGACUGCUGCAAAUUCUUGGGCGCUCCCCAAUAGCGUCUACUAACGAUCGUCGUA